AUGAACUACUUGACUGUAUUUCCGACCGUUUGGCUCUGGUUGCCGCUCUUGAAGCAUGCCUCCGCAAAGAUUCCAAAGGCCAUGACCUGGUCAAGUUCGAGCUUUGGGCCUGACGGGCCAUGGAAUGCUAUCACAGUAUACCUAGGCACGCACGAGGCAGAGCUUGCUUUGUACACUGGAUCCGUAUGGACGAGCUACGUGCUGUUAGACACGAUAUGCAAGAAUACCACCCUAUCAUCUAACUGCUAUGCAGAAGAUGCUGGUGUAUUCACCCCACUUGGCUCUUAUACUUGGGACAAUACAUCUGUCACUCUCGAGCCUCGCAUGACUUGGACAAACUUCCAAUGGGGCGUGAGCGAUGCGGUACCUCUCAGAGCCUUUACCUAUCGCGCUCUGGACACUGUCAAUAUUGGCGGACUACAAACCUCGAACUCCAACAUUGUCGCUCUUGAGCAAGGUUAUCUGACUUACCCUAGCGGGAAAUCGUAUCCUUUGGAGGUGGGACUUCUCUCUUUGGGGGCACUAGACAUCAACCAGAAAUUUUCCAAUUAUAUGGGGCCCGCCGUGAAUGGUACCUCUGUCCCUGGUGCAAUCUACGAGCAAGGUGAAAUACCGUCCUACUCGUUUGGAAUGCACAUUGGGUCUCCAAGCCUCCACAUCCCUGGCUCUUUGUAUCUUGGCGGCUAUGACCAAAAGCGAGCCAUCGGUGAGGUAUCUGUGCAGCCAAUAGACAACAAAGUCCUGCCAAUCGUACUACUUGACAUUGGUAUAGGGGUUGUUGAGGGAGGUUCUGUGUGGGGCAAUUCUAAAAUUACCGGCUUGAUCGCCAAAUCGAAUGCGUCUUUGUCUUCUGACAUGAUUGUCGAUGUUGACGCGACAAACCCGUAUAUCUAUCCGCCUCGGAGCACAUGCGAUUUGAUUGUCGCUAAUUUGCCUGUGACAUAUCACAAAGACCUUGGCCUGUACAUCUGGGACACGAAUAACGAGAACUACUCGAAGAUCAUCACCUCUCCAAGCUAUCUGGCUCUCACAUUUGUCAAGAAUGGGCUGAACACAGAGAAAUUGACAAUAAAGAUUGCAUUUGCUCUCCUGAACCUCACUCUCACAGCCCCACUGACAGAAGUGGAGACACCUUACUUUCCUCUCAUGCCCACCGAUGGUAAGCCUGUCUUAGGACGGGCUUUUCUCCAAGCCACUUUCUAUGGAGUGCACUGGCUACAAAAAUCUUGGUUUCUGGCCCAAGCUCCCGGACCCGAUAGCAGCUUCCUCAGGAAUGUUGUUGAUAUAAAACCGGACAAGACGGUAAUAACGGGCACCAAAGACAGCUGGGAAGCGACCUGGGCGUCUUUUUGGACUCUUCUCCCAUCUCCAGAUUCACUGAAUGGCACCGAAAUGAUCCCAUCAACUUCUCCAAAAAUUUCUCCCAAAGAAAGAAGCACUUUUGCUCUCCCAACUAGUGCAAUUGUGGGUAUUGGGGCCGGCGGAGGCGCUGUCGCCCUUGUCAGUAUUAUGCUGAUCGGUUGGUUUUACCUCCGUCGUCGGCGUAAAGCCAAAUUUGCGGCAGUUCGGGUACCACCGAGAAAUGUUAGCCCAGCCCAUACCUCGCCAAGAUACCAACGAGAGUUUUUGCCCUUGAAGUUGGGAGCUGGGAAGCGUGACACCUGGCAUGAGCUGGAUAAUGAGGUGGUCCCUAGAAGCCGGAGGAAAAAUUUCGGCGUCCCGCAACAUGGCCCAUUCGUUUAUGUCAGCUCACCUGCAAGACCCCAAAAUGGUCUCGUGAGCCCUUUGAGCUAG